AUGAAGCACCUCACCACAUACACCCUCCUGGGACAUGCCCUCCUUCAGUUCGCCCUCGCUUCACCAUGGUUCGGCACUGAAUACGUCGCAAUAGUCGAAUCAACCAUCGCCGACGGCUACACCGGCGUAUACAUAACAAAUGACCCAAUAGUCCGAACCUACACAGAAGUAAUAACACCAACCGAGAGCAACCCAGCCGUCCUGAGCACAAUAACCUCAACGGAAACAUACUACGGCGACGUCACCGCCAUCCAACUAGUCGUGGAACCGACAGCCGGCGUCCAGAACACAGGCUACGACUAUGUCAAUCACUACGCAACAGUCACAUAUACAGCGCCUUCCUCCUGUUCCUACACUACAAGCCAGACCCUCAUAACCGCCAUCCCCAUCAACGUUCCGCUUGAUGCGGAGGAUCUUGUUCAUCCCAGCAUGUAUACCAGUACGAUCACCUACCAGUACAACACGUACCGCUAUACGCGGACCAUGGCUUUGUUGGAUAUCGAUGAUAUUCCCACGAGUGUGUUUUCUUCUGCUAGUUCUCUUUACAAGCCUUCUAUGUAUAAGACUUGUGAUAGUUACUACAGUUCGGGAAGGAGCACGUACUACAGUAGCGGCGAUGAUGAUUCAACUUCCUAUGCUGGCUGCAGCAAAUUCAUCUGGUAUCUCGGGAGCUCUGAGUUUUCGGGUGGAUACUGCUGUUCAGAUGGAUGCCAUUAUACAUGGGGAAUCCCACCAUGGGGUCUCGGCCUAGCCAUUUUCUUCGGCUGGUUUGGUCUGUUCCUCAUCAUUGGGUUGAUCGAGAGCUGGUUCAUAUUCCGCAGGGCUAUGGUCGGCAAGAAAGCCCGACGUGGUCUCCCCUACGGUUUCGCUCUCCUGUGUCCGAUCUUGUCGUGCUUGUUCCUCAUCACGGUCAAGAAGUAUCCUGCGAAGACACCCGAGGAGCAGGCUGUUCUCGUGGCGAAUUGGAAGGAUAUGUCCGGUGGACGGAAGUUGGGCAUGUGGCUGAAGUAUUUGUUCCGUCGUAAGGAUCCGGCUGCUGUUGCUCUUGCUCGACCGGGCCCUGGCUCUGUUGUUGCUCCUUACCCUCCUCCUGGUUCUUGGUAUCCGCCUCCCGGGGCUGCGGGUCCUGUUGUGCCCCCGAUGGCGGCUUAUCCGUCCGGGUAUCCCCCCAAGGGUAUCCGCCUCAGGGAUAUCCUCCCCACGGUCCGCAGGGAUACCCAACUCCGCCGGCUGCGGAAGCGGAUGCUACUUCCCAGCCUAAGACGGUGUCUGUGA